AACAAAGAACCAAAACGAAGAUGAUGAAGCACACCACCACGAUGUCCAGUGUGUGGCUUGCGCUGCUGCUCGUCUCGAUCGUCGUCGUUUGUGGCAUGGCGAAUGCACAGGGCUUGUCGUUGGAUUGCACGGAUCCCAAGUCAGUGCAGCGCGUGAAGCAGGAGAAGCCAAGCACGCUGCAGAAUGUCAAGGACUGCGGUUGCAGCGACAUCCCAGGCUUUGUCAAGGCCGUUGCGGGUAACGAGGACGCCAAGCCAUGCGUCUCGGACCUUGUUGCCAAGCUUGUGGACAAGCCCUUCGACAACCUGGAAUGGUUCGCCAACUUGUGCAAGCUCUACGGCUCCCACCCGAUGGACAAUCUCAAGUACGCCAUCCCGAAGACGAACGACGAUAGCUUCUCGCGGAUUGCGCUGGACUUCUGCCAGGAACAUGCCGACACGGCGCAGGCGAGUACCGAGGACAAGGACAAGCUCUGGCAAGUCUUUCUCAACACGUGCUCGGCUCGCUUCGCCCCCCGAUGUGAUUGGUCUCGGCACAUGGACAUCGCCCACCUGGAGAUUCGCACGGACGAGGACCACGCCGCGUACUCGGAGCGCGCCCGCAGCCUGCUGGCCAACGUCAAUCCCGAGCUUCACGUGGUGUGCACGUACCUCGCCGGGUUCCACGACACGCGUCUGCAGCUCUUCAUCUCGGACAAGCAGCCCAAGACUCUGCACGACGCCAUCAUCCUCGUGGACCGGUACUUCUCCAUCGUGCGCAGCAAGCGCCGCCACGACACGGCCUCUUCCGACCUCAAGCGCAGCAAGCGCUUUCCACCACAACAACCGCCGCGCUCGCACCAGCCUCGCAUGAGGAACCGCCGUCCCAAACAGCAUCAGCUUCGCAAACUGCCACCGUGCAGUCGGUGCGGUCGCACCAACCAUGUCGUCAGUGAUUGCCAUGCUCGGCGUCACGUGAAUGGCAAACAGUUGGAUGGGCCAACGGCCACCAACACGGUGCGUGUCAACCCGACACAAGCCGGUGCUGAGCUGCAUGAUGCCUCGCACGUUCCUCCGCCUCCGCCUCCUCGACCUCUUCCACGAGUUGAUCCAGCUGAGUCUGUUUCGCAGCUCACUGAGUCCGUGAAGCAAAUUGGCAUCGUUGAGGACAUGCAAUUUGACGAGGAAGGCAGGCCGGUCACCGUUGUGUCCGUGAACGCUUGCACCCGCAACUCCUCUUUGAUUAGCACUAAUGUGCUCUUCUGUAACAAGAGGCUGCGAGCGCUUGUGGACACUGGGGCCGAGAGGUCAUUGUGUAAACUCAGCAACUUUUCUGAGACACGUCCCGGAGCUAAGCUUACGCUUGCUCUCGCGGAUGGCAGCACCAGCACCACCGAUCGUUACGCCACUGGCAAGAUCGAGUGGUGUGGCCAUGUCACCAGCAUGUGCCUGCCAGCAGUGAAAGAUCUCUCUGUGGAUCUCCUGCUCGGUAUGGAUUGGCUGCAACGGGCCCAACCCGUUUUCGACUUCAACAAAGAAGGGCACCGCCCCAUUGAGAAACAACUCGACCCAGUUCUUCACUGGCCACUGCCCAAGACUGCUCACGAUUUGCGACAGUUUCUUGGCGCUGCAAACUACUACAAGAAAUACAUUCGCAAUUACUCCGACUAUGUGCAACCAUUGUUCAGACACACAAGUGGCACAAAGAAAAACUCGAAGAAGCGACUGUCAAACUGGACGCAGGAUGACUCGCGAAUCUUCAACAAUCUCAAGGCCACCAUGGCCAAGUUGCCCACGUUGUGUCCCACGCUCGACCUUGAUCCUACAGAGCCACUGGAUCUGUUUACAGACUCCUCCGACAAAGCAGUCGGCGCUGUUCUCCAGCACAAGGGUCGCCCCAUUGAGUUCUACUCCAGCACCCUUUCAGUGCAUGAGCGAAACUGGCCAAUCAGGCAGAAGGAGCUGUAUGCCGUCAUCAAAGCUCUGCAACAUUGGCGUUACCUUUGUAUCGGUCGCCCCAUCACUGUUUACACCGACCACAAGUCGCUCGAGCGAGUGUUGGCACAGAACAAGAUACAGGAAGCCCGCAUUCAGCGAUGGUCGCUCUUCCUCUCAGACUUCAACGUUACUUUCAAGUACAUUCCAGGCGACAAAAACGUCGUUGCGGAUGCACUCUCUCGCACCUGCAUGGUCAGGGAGCUGCUUGAAGACGAAACAGUCAACAUCCGCUGGUCUGACUACCUCAAAGACCCUUUCUGGGAGAAGAUCAUUCACGACCUCGCGUCCUUUCCACAGUACAAACGUGUUGGCGACCUACUCUAUCACAAGAACCGCAUCUGCGUGCCAUCUUCCAGUCAUAGAAGCGUAAUGGCCAUGGCGCAUGAUGGGCUGAGCAGUGGACAUCAAGGUGUUUCCAAGUCUCAGGCCCGCGCUGCGCGCGAAUUCUAUUGGCCGGGGAUGCACAGUGCGAUUCGAGAGUACGUUGACACUUGUCACACAUGCGCAACGGCAAAGAGUGGUCGUAGACUCAAGGUCCCCACCCAAGCCUUGCCGGUGGCACCAUACCCGUGGCACACAGUCACAAUGGACUUGAUGGUUGGACUACCAACUACAUCUCAAGGACACGACGCUAUCUACGUGUUCGUAGACAAGUAUUCCAAAAUGGUCCAUUUGGCCCCUACGUCCAGCACUGUCGAUGCCCAGGGUUGUAUUUCACUAUUCAUUCAACAUGUGUACAAGUUACACGGACUCCCCGAAGUCCUCAUCUCCGACAGGGAUCCGCGGUUCACCGCAGCUCUGUUCAGGAAAGUCAUGCACAAGUUCAGCGUGCAAAUGAAAAUGUCAACAGCGGCCCACGCUCAGACCGACGGACAGACCGAAAGAGUCAACAGAGUCGUUGGGAAUAUGCUCCGCUCAUACGCAAAGUCGAAUCAAAGUGCAUGGGUUGAUUACCUACCUACGAUUGAGUUUGCUAUCAACUCAUCACCCGCCGCCUCCACAAAGAUGGCACCCUUCGAGGUUUGCAACGGCCGGAUUCCAAGACAGAUUGGACUGCCUGCUCGCUUGUCAGGGCAAAGCCCUGUGCUCCCAGACGAGCUCAUGGAUCGGUUGGCAAAGAUACAGCAUGAAGCAUCCUCCAACUUGCAACAGCACUUUGACAAGGCUUCGUCAUCAGAACACAUUGAACCCCCCUUCAGGGAGGGAGACGAAGUGUAUGUUAGCACACACUUAUUACGAAAUGAAGAUGCGAAGUACCGCUCAAACAAACUCACACCACCAUACGAUGGUCCGUUCAAGAUUAAGAACGUUCUCGGUCCAGCGCAUUAUCGCGUGGACUUCUCACCAUUGAAAGUGCGCAUACACGAUGUCAUCAACAUCAAGUUCCUGAAGAGAACGAAAGGCACCCGAUCUGUGCAUCGACCAGGUCCUUUGCAAGGGUUCAGCGAUGAUGUGUACGCAAUGGAACGAAUCCUGCGCCACAGAAAGCAUCGCGGUAGACUCGAGUACCUAGUAAAGUGGCUCGGCUAUCCGGAAUAUGAAGCGACAUACGUUCAGGCCAAAGACAUGAUUGGCUCACGAUGCAAACGCUUAUUGGCUGAAUAUCAACUUCAGACUGCCAAAGCAGAUGCUGCCAAAGAGCGCUCUCUCAAACGCAGGUCUCAGAAGAGCAACGCUCGACACAUAAGACCAGUCACAUCACAACAGUCGGCCUUGUGCUUUGGCAGCAUUACCACCGUCAACGGCUCGGUCGUUGCCCGCGGCAGCUUCAAGCACGGCGCCAUUUCAACCGCCAACUUUGGAAACGUCUCCAUGGUGGGCGGCGACGUGGUGCUGAGCCGCAACCUCAACCUGACAACGCUCGACUUUGGCAGCGUUGCGGCGGUUCAGCGAGAGUCGCAAGAGUUGCACAGGUACAACCUGCCAAUCUCAAUAACCAACAUCGACCUCACGCCACUGACGUCCAUUGGUGGAUCCCUGAACCUCACUGACAACUCGAUCGGCAGCGUUGACUUUGGAUCGCUCACCAGCGUCACGGGUUCCGUUGAUCUCGCCUGGACCAUCGCGGACACCCUCCACCUGCACAACCUGACCAGCGUUGGCGGCGACCUGAACCUGGGCGGGUGUAUGUUUGACACCGUCAACAUGGCCAAGCUCACGACCGUGGGCGGCAGCCUGAACAUUGGGUUGAACUCGCUCGACACCUUUGACUCCAAGAACCUCGCUCACAUCGGCGGCUUCCUGGACCUCAGCUUCAACGAGCUCGGCAAUGUAACCUUUCCCAAGCUCACACACGUGGGCGGCUACUUGGACCUCAGCAGCAACAACUUUGAUUCCAUCGACUUUGGCUCUGCCCUCGUCCGCAUUGACGGCUACUUGGACUGCAGCACAAACAGCCUCCUCAACACCAUCAACUUUGGAGCCCUCACCACCGUUUCUGGAUACCUUGAUGUCACGGACACGGACCUCACCCAGCUUGACUGCAGGGGCCUCGGCAAGUGCAUCAAGGCCGAUUCCAGCCAACAGCUCGCAUGA